CUCAGCGUGGGAAGACAGAAAAAACAGAGCAAACAGAAGCGCCAGAAGCCAUUGAAAAAAGAAAGAAAGGCACAAAAGAGAUCAGAAGGUGAAGGAGAAGGAGCCAAGAAUCAUCAAUGGCCGCCAACGGAGAGUCCCAGCAGAACCAAGCAGGGCGGCAUCAGGAAGUCGGCCACAAGAGCCUCUUGCAGAGCGAUGCUCUGUAUCAGUAUAUAUUGGAGACUAGUGUCUACCCAAGAGAGCCAGAGCCCAUGAAGGAGCUCAGAGAGUUGACUGCUAAGCACCCAUGGAACCUGAUGACCACAUCAGCCGAUGAAGGGCAGUUCCUGAACAUGCUGCUCAAGCUCAUCAAUGCCAAGAACACCAUGGAGAUCGGCGUCUACACCGGCUACUCUCUCCUCGCCACCGCCCUCGCCAUUCCCCACGACGGAAAGAUCUUGGCCAUGGACAUCAAUAGAGAGAACUACGAGAUCGGGUUGCCAGUCAUCCAGAAGGCCGGCGUCGCCCACAAGAUCGAUUUCAGAGAAGGCCCCGCUAUGCCGGUCCUCGACCAGCUCGUGCAAGAUGAGAAGAACCAUGGAAUGUAUGACUUCAUAUUCGUGGAUGCCGAUAAGGACAACUACAUCAACUACCACAAGAGGCUGAUCGACCUGGUCAAGGUUGGUGGCCUGAUCGGCUACGACAACACCCUGUGGAACGGCUCUGUGGUUGCGCCCCCCGAGGCGCCCCUCCGCAAGUACGUCCGGUACUACCGGGACUUCGUGCUGGAGCUCAACAAGGCCCUCGCCGUGGACCCCCGGAUCGAGAUCUGCAUGCUCCCCGUCGGCGACGGCAUCACUCUGUGCCGUCGGAUCAGCUGAUCACCACCAGCACGAAGAUCCCAAAAUCAAGCGUUGAUGCAAUCGGGAACUACACUUUGAUACUCUUCUUUUCUUUGUCAUCUUUCCCAUCUUCUGUUCUAUAUUGUCUUUGAACCAUUAAGAAUGUAUUUGUAUUCAAACGAAUGUUUUAAGGAUUGAGAAGAAGUUUGCUGA